AUGGCGUCGCAGUCGCAGGCUCCAGCCGACUCCCAGACUUCAGGGUCCUCGCCAGGGGUGCUGGCAGACGGAGUGGCAGCGGGCACGGCGAGCGACAACUCGCCGGACACUCUGAGGCUCGCGUUCGACAAGUCGAUCAUGAACGUGGAGAAGCGUUUCCCGACUGUCCAGGGUGCUCGGCGGCUGGAUCUUUGCAAAAGUCUUUUCGGAGUGCGGACGAUGUUGAACGCUACGAUUCCUUGGUGCGAUCCCACUACCGGCAGGCGCAAUUUCGUUCGCCACAUGGACGUCAACGAUCGAGAACAAAAGGAGACGCUUUCUCAACAAGUCAAAAACAUUUUGACGUGGGGAAUUGCAAACGAUGCUCGCGGCGUGCCCAUGCGCCAACUAAGUGAAGGAGACGUACCACCAUAUCGUUUGUUCUCGUUCGCUCACCUGGCCACCGCCUUUUACCACGCGGCCGAGCAUCAUCGUGGCAACGAGAAUGUCAAAGCGGCUCUUGAGAAAGGCCUUACCAGAGUGCAGGUGUAUCAAUGCCAGGCGCCUCUCGACGCCUUGGUCUGGAUGAAAGAUUUCAUGAAUUUUGAUUGGAACCAGAAAGCUGGCAUCAACUAUGUGGAGACACUGGAGUGGGCGAGAAAGAUAACGGCCGACUUGGCCGCACAUGAGCACAUGAAUCCGGGAUGGGCUUCUGGCAACGAUGAGUCCCGUCGGCAGAAAGUCUGGAAGUGGAUCUGCGAUAACUACAAGGACCAGGUGAAGCAGGGCAUCAUCCCUUCGAACGUGUUCUAUGAGCUUUGCAGGUUCAUCUCCGAGCGGUUCGCCGAGAUCGACCAGGCUGAUCCGGGCCAUGACGGCUUCAAAUUUUUUCGAUCACUCAUGCUUGAAACAUGCGUCUUCGGAGAUGGUAGGGUCAGGAACUCAAGCGUGCUCGAAUGCCUGAAGAUACUCCUUACUACGUGGACCAACUUACUCAAAGGCAAGCCGAUCAACCAGUGCAUCGACCCAGCGGUCCUGCGGAUAUUGAUGGAGGAGUCCUUCAAGUUCUUGGUGCCGACGCUCGCGGACGACCUGGCCGUCGAUGUUGCAGAUGAUGAUGGCGGGGGCAAGGUGUUAGACAGAGACGCCGCGAAAGUUUCAUGGGUUUUGCAGAAGCCCUCACGGACAACGACUAUGAAGAAGAUCCUGUUCGCCGACAUCUCUGGUGGGAAGUUCUACAAGCGCGACAAGCCCAACGCCAAGCACUUGACCCAGGACCAGGAUGGCAAGCGUCGCAAGCUUACUGGGAAGCAGCCGUCUCUCCCGAAGGAUCCAGAGAAGCCGAAGGAGGAGAAGUCUAAGCCUGAUGAGAACAAGUCUGAGGAGCAAGGCCAAGACAAGGGCAAGGAGGACAAGAAGGGCGACGCCGGCGCCGGCCGGGGCCGCGGUCGCCGCGGCGGCGGCGCUGGUCGCGGGCAGGCUGCUGGCGGCGCAGUGGAGCUCAAGCACCUGGAGGCCGUGCAGAAGUUGGCCACGGCAGCUGGGAUGCGGAUUUCCUGGCUCGAGGACGUCAUCCUGGCGAUGAACGCGGCGGUGUCCGAUGCCAUGGGCAGCAAGGGCGUCACUUCUGCUAUGCGCACUACGGCGACCGAGAAUGGCUCGGUGGAGAAGGCGAAGAGGAUGUUCAUCAGGAUCAGCUUCGAGUUCGCCUGGAAGAGGGUCUCGGGCUGGUGCGCGGUGAGAGAUGAGGCCAAGAGGUUGACGACAGACAAGCUCAAGAAAAUGUUGAUCCCUGACCGUCAGGAUUCUUCUGAGGAUGCCCAAGAUCGUGCCCCCCAGACAGCCAUGGAGAUUGCCAUAGACACGGCGUUCGGAGAUGAGCAGUUCUGCGAGACCCUUCGCACCUUCUUGGAUGCGAAUCCACAUGACACGCCCGUGACUUUUUUGCCGUGCUUCAUGGAGGUCAGCCAGCAGACUUGGAAGGGCUUCGAGCAUGACAUGAAGGAUGAGAUCUACAGGAGGAAUGCGAGCAACGUCAAACAGCCGCUCGCUAACAUUAUCACCUGGAUCACCAAGGCGAUCUCCAGCGUCGGGCUGCCGACGAUGGAGGACGAGUACAUGGACCCUAUCCCCAAGAUUGCGUUCGUCUGGGCUGACGCCGAAGCCUACCCCAACUUCUCCUCGCCAGAGGUGGUUGACGAGCUCCUGGACUUGGAGACUGCGCAGGGCUACCUGUCUCUCCGCGCCAAGCUCAUGGCAGAGGUCACCUGCUCCGUGCUGGCCCGUUCCAAGUCCAAGGGCAUCUCAUGGACGACUUCGCAAGGCGGUGGCGACGCCCUGCAGCCAGAAGCAGUGGAUUCCUUGAUGUCUGUGCUCAAGGCGGAGGUGCAGAAAGAUCUCCUCUUUUCUGAGCUUCAAGUGCUGGACUUGCGAACAGCGGGCCGUGGCCGCUCAGUGUGGAUCUCUGUGUGGGCCAUGAUUCUGGACUCGAUCGCGGCUAAGGCCAUCGCAGACCCCGAGAAGACGGCAACCGACCCGAAGUUCCUCGAGAUGGCGCAGUUGAGCGCCACCGUGCAGACCGUGUUCGGCAUCGCGGAGGCCAGCAAGGCAGCCCAGGAGGAGUUCGAGAAGCAGAUCGCGGAGCUGGAGCUUGUGGAGGCGGCGCCGCCGCAGCCCAGCGCGUUGCGCCUGGGAACGCUCUCCGAGCUGAUGGGCCACCAGAGCGCCUCCCUGGUGGGAAACUUGAAAGGGGAACGUCUGAGGGCGGCGCAAGCGGUGGCGCACUCCACGUGGGGCGCCACACCUUGCAUCCUCAAGCUGCCUGAGCACGAGAUCACCGCGGCCUUCGUGAAGCAGUUGGCCACGCACCUGGAGUCGGAGCUGUUCAACUUGGCCUUCCAACCAGAGGACGACAUUUUUGAGCACGUGGAUGUCGAAGUCUUGCCGCCCUCGGGAGCCGGCGCUGGAAAGGCCCCGGCUGCCACCCUGGUUUCUACGAGGGAGCUCGCAGAGAAUUUCACGCUGUACUUCGCUGGCAACGUCGAGCCUACCAGGGGCAAGGCGUCUUCGUUCCACAUUGUCACGAUCGCUGGGCUUACGCCUGAUGGCGAGGACGAGAGCGCCAUCCAGAUCCCGCUGUUCUUGAACUAUAACCCCGCUGAGCAUGACAUCGCGGGGCCCUGCCCCAUCCCCUCGUGGAUGGUCGAGACCGUCGAGGACGCAGAGCAGCAGCAGGUGCAGCAGGCGAAGGGGAAAGGGGGCAGGAAGCGCAAGAGCUCGACGGGCUCGACGGGCGCGGAGGCCGCCGCCCCGCCCUCAACCGUGACUCCAAUCUUGGCAGUGAACGUCAACAUCAUCGAGUUCGAGCUCCCAGAGUAUCUGUGCAGUGGUCCUGAUGGCGACAUUUCGAAGGUCCCAGUGCGGGUCUUUUAUCUGGGACCCACGGCGCACGCCCUUUGCCAGAAGGCGCCCCUGAAAUUGAACAGGGCCGUGAUCCCAGGUGAAAAGGCUGAGAAGAGCAAGGGCAAGGGCAAGGGCAAGGACUCCAAGGGUGCCGUCAAGUCUUCGAGCGACGUCAUCGGCGGUCUCGGCAUGGCUGCAAGGUACGAUGAGGUGCUGACGGCGAAGUCAGCGGCAACCGACACCGGCGCCAACCAGAGCCAGACCACGCCGCAGGUGACCGCGUUGGAGAAGGCGAUGGAGGGCGUCUCCAAGUGCGACUACCUGCACCUGCUGAAGUAG